AUGUUAUUUUGGACCUUUUUGCUCGUGUUUCCAUUACUGGCUGAUGCUUUCGACGAAGAAGAAGAAAACUGUCCUUACGGUGUUUGUUCGCAGCACCUCCUCGAAACCUUAACGAUAGGCCGCCUUGGAAGCGGUUAUGCACUGCGGGGACGACUGUCAUCAUCGACAUCAUCCUGCAAUGAUUACAACAACUCAAUUCAACCCAGGCGGAGGACAUGUGAAGGUCUCAGUUGA